AUGCCUCCCCAGCACCAGGCCUACCAAGGCAGGGGCCGUCCCAGCCACGCCCCAGGGAACCGGCACCAGCAGCAAAUGGCGCAGUACAUUGGCUCCGGGGGGGGCACGUAUCACCCGCCCGGCGGCCAGGCCAAGUACUUCUCGAUCGACGUGGAGUGCGUGGCGACGGGCACCGACCACAACGCGCGCAGCGUGGGGCAGAUCUCGCUGGUGGACGAGUUCGAGCGCGUGCUGCUGAACAUCUACGUCAAGCCGGACGCGCCCGUGGAGUCCUACCUGUCGCCCCUGACGGGGCUCAGCAGCGACGUGCUGGACAGGCACGGCGUGCCCCUGCCCGUGGCGCUGCAGUGCCUGCGCAGCUACCUGCCGCCCUACGCGGUGCUGGUGGGCCAGAGCAUCGGAAAGGACGUGGGCUGGCUGUCGCUGCGCGAGGGCUCGGACUUCGAGUCCAUGAUCGACCUGGCGGGCCUGUUCCGGAUCUGGAACUCCACCUACAACAGCGUGUCCAUCUUCUCGCUGGACCACUUGGCCAAGGUGCUGCUGGGCUACGGCAACGGCGGCGGGCCGCACAACGCCGUGGGCGACGCCCUCAAGUCGAUGCAGCUGUUCAACUACUACCGCCAGGUGCACAACGCGCCGGGCGUGUGGAAGUCGGUGGAGGCCGCGCUGCUGGCCGCGCCCGUGGACGAGUCCUUCGCAAAGAAGUAUCCCUGCUUCGAGGGCGUGUGCAUGGGCAACCGGAAGAAGUGCACCUGCGGGGCGCCCUUCUUCGGCUGA